AUGGAUCCUGCCACCCAUUGCAUGUUAUUUCCGGCAUCAGACAAUUCCUACAAUAUGAUGCCAUAUAUCCUAUUGGAUAACCACUGCACGCCUGAAGGCGACGGCGAACCCCCGAAAGAGUCCACGCUCCCCCCCACGCCGCCACACGACGCCACACGCUGCCACCAAGAUGUCAAGGACAUCCUCACAGUUACUAGCAUGAUCGACGGCUUAGGUGACAAUGUCCGGAUGCGAGCUUUAGAACCUCAGGUACAAAAAUUAUGGGAUUCGAAUGGUCCAAUCCGGAUCAUGUCCGUGACGGCAAUCAAUCCAGGUCAGUGCGGCUUCAAACUUAAUUCGGUUGGAAUCUGGAAGGCCAAAGCUGACGUUGGCUAG